UAAAUCAUACAUAUGAUAUGUUAACAAUCAGGAUGCUUGAGCCGCAUUCGUUUAUCGCGGACCAGAGUGCAGCUUUUCAUGUGUAGCUAUCCAGUAAUCAUGUUACGUCCUGUCGACAUUGAUGACGUGUGGAAUGGUUUAGGAAGGUUUGGCGUGUACCAAUUCCAGCAAAUUACACUGACUAUAUUGGCAACCCUUCCAAUGGCGUUUCACAUAGUAUCCGUUGUUUUUAUCGGUUUUACACCUGAACACACGUGUUCUGUAGAACUGUCAGACGUAACAGACAAUAACAGGAUUAAUGACGUCAUCAAUGUGACUGCCGACACAUGUAAUAUCCUCGUACAGCGGAAUGUGAACGGGAAUUUAGUUACAGAAGAAACAGGCUGUUUGUAUGGAGUCAACUACACAUUGUCAAAAACGUCCACGUUUGUAUCAGAGUGGGAUCUUGUAUGUGAAAGGGACACGAUUGGUCGGUUGUCCCAGUCUCUCGUGCUUGGUGGAAUGUUUCUUGGGGCCCUGGCCGCACCACUGGCCGAUAAAUUCGGGAGGAAGCCAGUUCACGUGGCCUUCAACAUCGGCUUACUGGCAGUCACCUUCACAAUGGCGUUUGUAAAGAACAUUACCACGUUUCUUGUACUGCGCUUCUUUGUUGGUACCUUUCAGCAGGGAAUGCUGAUUACAGUAGUGACAUUCUGGCUGGAGUUAUUUCACACUGAUUCCCGUGAGGACGUGGGAAUUGUGAACGGCUUCAUGUGGGCAAGCUCCGUCAACGUUCUUACUCUCGUUGCAUUCCUGCUUCGAGACUACGACUGGAGAAUCCUUCAACUAGCGUUGUCUGUUUUCUCAGUUCUCAGCCUGGUAGAAAUUUUCAUGAUGGAUGAAUCGCUGAGAUGGCUAAUUGCAAACAACAAGAUGAAAAAGUGUCACGCACUCAUCGAAAAAGUUUGGACACUAAAUAAACGGAACAAACAGAUCUUAUCGGAAGCUGAUCAGAAAGAAACUGACAUGAAACCUCUGUCUACUGAGGCGGUUGGAAAAGUAAUUUUGCCUUUACGAAGUAACUCGUUAACGGAUCAAACCACUGUCAUGGUAGAGGAACACUGGUCACAACUGGUGACAGACAAAAUACUGCGGAGACAUUCACUGAUUACAUGGGGUUUGUGGGUAGCCAACAACCUCACGUACUACGGGAUUGUGAUGAUGACUCCCAGUUUCGCUGUUGGUCGCUACCUCGGUUUCUUCCUCGGAAGUAUUUCGGAAAUGGUUGGCAAUUUCAUCUUGUUGUUUUUGAUUAAACGAUUCACCCGGAAAACGACCAUAAGUAUAUUCCAAUUUGUAGGCAGUGUGGCACUACUUCUCACUAUCAUAACCAUCCACUUUGACGGUGAUGUUGUCCGGAUUGUUGAGGUGGUGCUGUUUGCCGUCGCUCGGGGAUCGAUAUCAAACUCAUUUAAUGCUAUCUACCUGUACACUCCGGAACUUUUCCCCACAAAUCUCAGGAGCGCAGGUCUCGGUGUAGCAUCGGCCGCUGGAAGACUAUCUGGCAUCAUAGCACCAUUCUGCGUCUAUAUGAUGGAAGUGGCUCUAUGGUUGCCAUCGUUACUAUUCGCUUCAUUAUGUCUGAUAUUCUGUUUCCUGAUCCGGUAUCUACCGGAAACGAAAGGGAGAGAACUACCACAGAAGCUUGAGGAAAUCUGGGAAUGGUACAAUCAUGACAACAACAGAAAUACCAUUGAUACAAAUACGGUUGAUCACGAAGUAUUCAUUACUACACCUUGUCAAUAAACAUGAACAUUUCAAACAGCUUUACUGAAUAGUUACAUGUACUUUACUAGUACACACUAAUU